CGCACAGUGUGACAGUCGAGAAACAUCACCCGCUUCAGAAACAAUAGUUGAACCGCUGUGACAACCAAUACCUAUUUAGCCCGGAAAGAAAGUCAAAGUGAAGAAGAAUUGUUGCAUUGCUCGAUGAAGGAUGCUGGCUAAUCGGUGUAUAACCGUGAUUGUGAAUGGAGCAUAAGCAUUGUGGUGCGCGUAUCUUUUUGCCUCUACAGUUCUGUGUGUGUUUUGUAUGAUAGUGUGCUUUGUCAUUUUUCCACGCCAAUAUUUCGCGAUCCUAAUAAAAGAAAGCAGUGGAACGAAUUUGAUCAACAUAUCUUCUUAUAAAUACACCCUCCUCAGAGCUGGUUCUUUCGCACAUCGUACGUAGUUGUAGGAGAGGAAUUUGCUUCUGCGUGUGUGAGAAAGUGAAUUGAAUAGGUCUUAAUAAAAACGGACAUAAAAAUUGUAUUAUUGUGGUUUGAAAUUUGUAUUGUCUAGAAUUUGUAAACAAUUAACAUCUCCCCCUCUCAUCUUCAACCGGGAUCAGCGAUGGACGCUGACAGUGUGCAAUCAAUGAGUGUCUUUAAACAACAAGUGGCUGCCGUGCCGAAGUACGGAUUAAAGCUCAAGUUCAACCAUGUCUUUAGCGAAACCCGUAACCAAAACUUACGUCCAUCGAUCCGCCAGCUGCUACCCAUCGUACCUAUGGCUUUGAGGUACAUUCCAUACUACUGGAAAGUUUCUCGAGAGGGUCGUCAGGUGCUGAUGGACUACUGGUACACGGAGAACGGGAAACAGAUCUACGGUGCUCCGCUUGGAGGCAUUGGCGCCGGUACAAUUGGGCGUGGAUUUGCCGGCGAGUUCUGUCGCUUCCAGAUGAAGCCGGGCCUGUACGAGUACAACACCGUGCUUGCCAAUCAGUUCAUUAUAACCAUUAAGGACGAAGCUGGCGCCACCAUAUUCCACAGUCUACUGUCGACCUACAGCCGCCCCAAGAAUCCUCUCGGCAGCUGGGAAUGUGCGCUGGAUGCUUCCAAAUGCAGCUACACUGCAUUGUAUCCACGCGCCUGGUCCGAGUAUGACCUGAGCGUUUAUGGUAUCCGGCUGGUACAGCGACAGAUAUCUCCUAUCAUUCCGCACGACUAUAAAGAAAGCUCUUUGCCGUGUGGCGUGUUCGUAUGGAUAGUCGAAAACGUGUGCGACAAGGAUCGACAGGUGACGUUGACUUUUACAAUGAAGAAUGGUACCGGUUCCAAAAAACAGGAUGCUGAGGGAGGCAGUGAAACAAGCGCAUUUACGCAGGGGAGUGCUCGAGGCGUCUCUAUACGGCAAACGAUUGCCGAUAUGCCAUGUACAUACUGCGUGAGCUGCCGUGGUUCAUCCGAAAUCAACCUGACUCGUUGUGAACGGUUCGAUCCUACCGGCAAUGGAGAAAGGCUAUGGGACGAUCUAAAGGAGCAUGGCCAUUUGACGGAGCAAUCGAACGAUGAGACGCUAAAGUCAAAGGACGUCGCUGUUGCUGUAAGUGGACAGAUUCUUGUGCAGCCUGGCACCACAUCCCAGCUGGAGUUUGCACUUGUGUGGGAUAUGCCAAGGGUACACUUCCAAAAGCGGGGCAAAGAAUAUUAUCGCUACUAUACGAAAUACUUCGGAAAGAGUGGCGAUGCUGGGCCGAUGAUUUCGGAUUAUGCGCUAAACAAUUACGCAAAAUGGGAGCGUUUAAUCGAUGAAUGGCAACGGCCAAUAUUGGAGGAUGUCGACCUGCCGGAUUGGUAUAAAAGUGCCAUCUUCAACGAGUUGUACUUCAUUGCGGACGGUGGUAGCGUGUGGUUUACAAUGGACGAUCAGACCGACCUGCCGUACGAUGAUCCUCGAUUUGCAUAUGGGCGUUACUCGUACCUUGAGGGUCAUGAGUACCGUAUGUACACAACGUAUGAUGUGCAUUUCUAUGCAUCGCACGCAAUAGCAAGUCUGUGGCCAAAUCUACAGGUUAGCAUUCAGUAUGACUACAAAGAUAGCAUAGAGUGUGAAAUUAACGAAGGACGGAAGCAUCUAUAUGAUGGAAAGGUGAUUCCACGGAAGAUUAAAAACUCUGUACCGCAUGAUCUCGGUGACCCUGCGGAAGAACCGUUUGAUCUUAUCAACGCUUAUCCUAUCCAUGACGUGUCGGAAUGGCGUGACUUAAACAUCAAGUUCAUUUUGCAGGUGUAUCGUGAUUACUAUACACUCAAUCAUUACGCACAGCUGAAUGCAGAAAAUGCAAGCAAAUUUAGCUCGAUCGAGUUCAUCGACAAAGAAAGCAUGUACGACACGUACAUUCAAGACAAUCGAAACAGACCAAAUGUGGGCAACUCACCAAUCGAUAAAAAGUCCGCCAAUCAAAAGUCGGCUUCGAUGUACAUCAACGAAACGAAUGGAAAGGUGUAUCUGAUGGAUGCACUUACCUAUCUGAAAGCGAUGUAUCCUGCGUGUCGGUCGGUGCUGGAACGCUCGCUCGAAUGGGACAAAGACGACGAUGGAUUGAUUGAGAACAGUAAAUCGCCCGAUCAAACAUACGACACGUGGGUGAUGGAUGGUCCGAGCGCUUACUGUGGCGGACUGUGGUUAGCCAGCUUGCACUGCAUGUCCACUAUGGCUAGUUUGCUCGAUCAGAGUGAGGACUGCGACCGUUACAAGGCGAUCCUCAGUAAAGGUCGUGCAUCAUUCGAGGAAAAACUUUGGAAUGGCACGUAUUAUCGAUUCGACGCUCACAGUGGUUCAAAAAAUAGCAUCAUGUCUGAUCAGCUGUGCGGACACUGGUAUCUUCGGGCCUGCGGGUUUGACUACGAUGUGUUUCCGAAGGAAAACGUUCGGAUAACAAUGCGCACAAUUUACGAGAAUAAUGUGAUGCGGUUUUGUGGUGGAAAGCUCGGUGCUGUCAAUGGAUACGUACCGAGUGGGCAACCAAACAAAGAUGGACGCCCAGAUACUUCCACCAUCCAGGGUGAGGAGGUGUGGACUGGUGUAACGUAUGCUCUUGCUUCGACAAUGAUUCACGAAGGUAUGUUCGAGGAAGCGUUUCAAACGGCAGGCGGACUUUAUCAGGCACUUUCAGAGCGGAUCGGCAUGAACUUUGAAACUCCAGAAGCACUAUACGCGGAACGACACUAUCGUGCAAUAGGUUACAUGCGCCCUCUCAGCAUAUGGUCUAUGCAGACGGCAUGGGAAAUGAAAAAAAUGCGUCGCGAUUAAUUCCUUGUUAUGCGUUUGAAUGACAUGCUUAACAGAGAAUUCGCGAUAGCUUAACAUUGCCAGCUUUUUUUCGCCAUUAGCGGUUUAGAGGACUCCUGCAGCAAGCCAGGACGCGAAGGGCUUGUAGCCCCUGAUAAGCAAGUAAGGAAGUUCACUUUGUUCGUGUCAACGUUGAAUCACAGUGUACAAUUUCCUCCCAAGGCGGUGGUCACGAUCAUCGGUUGUAGCGAAUUGUUAGUUUAACUGAUCCAAAAUAACCAUUGAUUCUAAUUUUUGGCGCCCUUUGAAACGGUAGGCAGUGCUACAUAAACCUCUAGUCAGUAUUCACGUGUGUAGUUUGUAUCAAGGAAUCGAAAUCGAACUAAAUUUAACUGAGUCGGUUCGUGUGAAACCUGUCGUGAUGAGCUGCUAGUUUCACUGCACAUCAACCGCCGCUGUAUGGGCUUGCGUGACUGUGUUAUGUUAUGUUACUAUGUUAGAAAAAGUAACAUCUCGUUUUGUUUUCUUAUUUAAUGUGAUCAUCCUUACAAAGCAUGGAAUGAUACUAGUACGGUACAAGAAAGAAAAUAAAAAAAACACACAUGCAUUGGUGUCAAAGCGAAACAACCGUUUGUAUGUUUCGUCGUGUAUCGAUGUUUUUGGUGUGGCUAAUAAGCCUUUCCCUCAUCAAAAUGCUUAAUGCGUGAUCGGUAUAAGAAUGAAUGGAUAAGAUGCGGUGAUAGGUUUUUUGCAACAAAAACACUAUUAACCACAAUUCCCCUCCCAGUAUAGAAUCCCACUACUAUGAGAUAGUGAGAUAGCAAAGCAGAAAACUAUAUUUUUGGUCUUGCGCGCAAAAUUAUAAUCAAAUUGUAACAUGUUAUUGCCAAGCUAGAUCUCUUUCACAAAUAAUUCAAAUACAGAAGCGUAUAUUUAGUGUCGUACAAAAUAAUAUUAACCUGAAAGCUCCACUAUGAAACGCACUACAGUUGUGAAUGUUGUACAAAUUGAUCAUGAUGCUUAAAAAGCCAAGACACACAUCAAGAUGCCUAAUAAAUAUGAGAUGACACAUAAA